AUGGAGCCUCGCAGCACUGCGUUGACUAGCGCCGCUUCUAUGAUCUUGAAUCGGUCUAAGAUGCCGCAAACACUGACACUGGAUCACGUCUCCCCAGCGACGCGGUUGCUGGAGAAGCGUCGACAGAUGUUCGAAGUGCAGGAAGCUCUUGACGCACAGAAAGAAGAAUUUUCUCGUCGAGAAGACGCUUUCCACCGUCGAGAAGAGGCACUUCGAAAAAAAGAUUUGGAGCUGCAGGAGUCGCUUAUCAAGUUCAACAAGUUUCUGCAGGAGAAUGAGUCCAAGCGCAACCGUGCAGUCAAGCGAGCUAGCGACGAAGUUAAGCAGCGUAUGAGCAAAGAGCAAGAAGUAGCUAGAUUGCAGACCCAGCUCACAGCACUACAGCGAGAGAGUGAUGCUUUAGGUGCCCAAGUUCGGCACCACCUAAAGUAUGCUCGCUACCUAGAGCUCGUUCAGGAAGCUGUUCCAGAAGAUUACCCUGAAGUGAGCGAUCUAGUGAACCGCUACCACACUUUACGCGAGACCAACCGCGACCUCAGUCGGAACCAAAUCACGCACGAAGAGGAGAGUGAGUCCAAGCGACUCGAGCUCGCAGCCUUCCAGAAAGAACGCGCCAAUGAAAUUUUAACUUUCAACAACCGUAUCGCCGCAUUGCAACGCGCUCUCGAGCGGGAGGAACUACUGGGUGUGCGCUUACAACACGAGACUGAUGCAACACUGCGAGCCACAACGCAGAAGACAUUAGUGUUGGGGCAGAUCAUCAUGGCUAUCGGUAAUUUACUGCAGAGAUGUACUAGCGGCAUCCACGGACAGAUCCUUAAGCACGUCGAAGGAAGCUACAGAACUCAAGGAAGCACGAACCAGUCUGGCAACGACAGUCACGAUGGCUCGGGUGCUGGAGGUGCUGAUGCGAUUCAUCACGGACAGCGUGCUAUGAUUGAUCUGGACGUUGUCGCCGCCUACAUGGCGGACUUUACAGCGAUCGUGCAAGGUCGCAUUGAUGCACAACGAGCGCAGAAGAAAGCAGCUGCAGCGGCGGUGUCCCAAGGAACUGGCGCUGUAGUUACUUUCACAGCAGGAAACAAUGACGGCCACACAGGAGCAAGCUCAUCAGUUGCUGGAGGUUCAACCGCUACAAUUCGCUGA